GAUUAUCUAUUUGAAUCACAAUAAAGUUUAAAGCACUUCAAAUUAUCAGCAAUGGCUUCCACCACAACGAAUCCAUCAACAUUGUUACCGCUUGAACUUGUCGACAAAUGCAUUGGUUCGCGAAUCUGGGUCAUUAUGAAAGGUGAAAAAGAGAUAGUAGGAACGUUGAUGGGCUUUGACGAUUAUGUGAACAUGGUGUUGGAAGAUGUAGUUGAGUAUGAGCAGACCCCUGACGGCAAAAGGGUGGUGAAGGGCCAGAAGUUUAGCAUUUACUUCUCAUUAUUUUGUUAUUUUCUGUAUUUACUGUGUUAA